CCAUAAAGUGCAGCCAUGUCUUCGGAUUCUGAGAUGGCCAUUUUUGGGGAGGCAGCUCCUUACCUGCGGAAGUCAGAGAAGGAGAGAAUCGAGGCCCAGAACAAGCCUUUCGAUGCCAAGUCAUCCGUCUUUGUGGUACACGCAAAGGAAUCCUUUGUGAAAGGGACAAUUCAGAGCAGGGAAUCAGGGAAAGUCACUGUCAAGACUGAAGGGGGAGAGACCCUGACCGUGAAGGAUGAUCAGAUCUACUCCAUGAACCCUCCCAAGUACGACAAAAUCGAGGACAUGGCCAUGAUGACCCACCUCCACGAACCCGCUGUGCUGUACAACCUCAAAGAGCGUUACGCAGCCUGGAUGAUCUACGUAAGUGGCAGCAGCAGCUUCCUUUGGGCAGCUGCAGGAACUGCUCUGCCAGGGCCAGGCGGAGAAUCCGGGGCCGGGAAGACUGUGAACACAAAGCGUGUCAUCCAGUACUUUGCAACAAUUGCAGCCAGCGGGGACAAGAAGAAGGAGGAGCAGACGUCAGGCAAAAUGCAGGGAACGCUUGAGGAUCAAAUCAUCAGCGCCAACCCACUGCUGGAGGCCUUUGGAAACGCCAAGACCGUGAGGAACGACAACUCCUCACGCUUUGGCAAAUUCAUCAGAAUUCAUUUUGGUGCCACAGGAAAACUGGCUUCUGCAGAUAUUGAAACAUAUCUGCUGGAGAAGUCCAGAGUCACUUUCCAGCUCAAGGCGGAAAGAAGCUACCACAUCUUCUAUCAGAUCAUGUCCAACAAGAAGCCAGAGCUAAUUGACAUGCUCCUCAUCACCACCAACCCAUAUGACUAUCAGUUUGUGAGUCAAGGUGAGAUCACUGUUGCCAGCAUUAAUGACCAGGAGGAGCUGAUGGCCACGGAUAGUGCCAUUGACAUCCUGGGCUUCAGUGCUGAUGAGAAAACAGCCAUCUACAAGCUGACAGGGGCAGUCAUGCACUACGGGAACCUGAAGUUCAAGCAGAAGCAGCGUGAGGAGCAGGCAGAGCCUGAUGGCACUGAAGUUGCUGACAAGGCUGCCUACUUGAUGGGUCUGAACUCAGCAGACCUGCUCAAGGCCCUCUGCUACCCCCGAGUCAAGGUGGGGAAUGAAUAUGUGACCAAGGGCCAAACGGUGCAGCAGGUGAACAAUUCAGUGGGUGCCCUGGCAAAGGCUGUCUAUGAGAAGAUGUUCCUGUGGAUGGUUGUUCGCAUCAACCAACAGCUGGACACGAAGCAGCCCAGGCAGUACUUCAUUGGUGUGCUGGACAUUGCUGGCUUUGAGAUCUUCGAUUUCAACAGCCUGGAGCAGCUGUGCAUCAACUUCACCAAUGAGAAACUGCAACAGUUCUUCAACCACCACAUGUUCGUGCUGGAGCAGGAGGAGUACAAGAAGGAGGGAAUUGAGUGGACGUUCAUUGACUUUGGGAUGGACCUGGCUGCCUGCAUUGAGCUCAUUGAGAAGCCCAUGGGCAUCUUCUCCAUCCUGGAAGAGGAGUGCAUGUUCCCCAAGGCAACUGACACCUCUUUCAAGAACAAGCUCUAUGACCAGCACCUGGGCAAGUCCAGCAACUUCCAGAAACCCAAACCUGCCAAAGGCAAGGCUGAGGCCCACUUCUCCCUGGUGCACUACGCUGGCACAGUGGACUACAACAUCACUGGGUGGCUGGAGAAGAACAAGGACCCCCUGAAUGAAACUGUCAUUGGGCUGUACCAGAAAUCAUCUGUGAAGACCCUGGCCUUACUCUUUGCUUCCUAUGGUGGAGCAGAAACAGAGGCUAGUGGUGGUGGUGCUGGUGGUGGAAAGAAGGGUGGCAAGAAGAAGGGUUCCUCUUUCCAGACUGUCUCAGCUCUUUUCCGGGAGAACCUGAACAAGCUGAUGACCAAUCUGCGGAGCACUCACCCCCAUUUUGUGCGCUGCAUCAUCCCCAAUGAGACUAAAACACCUGGUGCCAUGGAGCACGAGCUGGUGCUGCACCAGCUGCGCUGUAACGGCGUGCUGGAAGGGAUCAGGAUUUGCAGGAAAGGAUUCCCCAGCAGAGUCCUCUACGCUGACUUCAAACAGAGAUACAAGGUGCUUAAUGCCAGUGCCAUCCCAGAGGGACAGUUCAUCGACAGCAAGAAGGCUUCUGAGAAGCUCCUUGGGUCAAUCGAUACUGAAAAUAUUCAUUGUACACAUGAAUUAUGCUCCAGGGAGUCCAUCUUCUGCAUCCAGUACAACAUUCGUGCAUUCAUGAAUGUCAAACACUGGCCCUGGAUGAAGCUGUUCUUCAAGAUCAAGCCCUUGCUGAAGAGUGCAGAGUCUGAGAAGGAGAUGGCCAACAUGAAGGAGGAGUUUGAGAAAACCAAGGAAGAGCUUGCGAAGUCUGAGGCAAAGCGGAAGGAGCUGGAGGAGAAAAUGGUGAAACUGGUGCAGGAGAAAAAUGACCUGCAGCUCCAAGUGCAGGCUGAAGCUGAUGCUUUGGCUGAUGCUGAGGAAAGGUGUGACCAGCUCAUCAAAACGAAAAUCCAGCUGGAAGCCAAAGUUAAAGAAGUGACUGAAAGGGCUGAGGAUGAGGAGGAAAUCAAUGCUGAGCUGACAGCCAAGAAAAGAAAACUGGAGGAUGAAUGUUCAGAGCUGAAGAAAGAUAUUGAUGACCUUGAGCUGACACUGGCCAAGGUGGAGAAGGAAAAACACGCCACGGAAAACAAGAUCCUAAUCUUCUCUCGCUCUCUGGGACCUCCCCAGGCAAAUCUGGAGAAGAUGUGCCGCACCCUGGAAGACCAGCUGAGUGAGAUUAAGACAAAGGAAGAAGAGCAUCAGCGCAUGAUCAAUGACCUCAAUGCUCAAAGAGCUCGUCUGCAGACAGAAGCAGGUGAAUAUUCACGCCAGGUGGAGGAGAAAGAUGCUCUGAUUUCUCAGUUGUCAAGAGGCAAACAGGCUUUCACCCAACAGAUUGAGGAACUCAAGAGACACUUAGAGGAAGAAAUUAAGGCCAAGAACGCCCUGGCCCACGCCCUGCAGUCCGCUCGCCACGACUGUGACUUGCUGCGGGAACAAUAUGAGGAGGAGCAGGAAGCCAAGGGGGAGCUGCAGCGCGCCCUGUCCAAGGCCAACAGCGAAGUGGCCCAGUGGAGAACCAAAUACGAGACGGACGCGAUUCAGCGCACGGAGGAGCUCGCCUCUCUGGAACAUGAAGAGGGGAAGAUCCUGCGCCUGCAGCUUGAGCUCAACCAGGUGAAGUCUGAGAUUGACAGGAAGAUAGCAGAGAAAGAUGAGGAGAUCGACCAGAUGAAGAGAAACCACCUCAGAAUUGUGGAGUCCAUGCAAAGCACCCUGGACGCUGAGAUCAGGAGCAGGAAUGAAGCCCUGAGACUGAAGAAGAAGAUGGAGGGAGACCUGAAUGAAAUGGAGAUCCAGCUCAGCCAUGCCAACCGUGUGGCUGCCGAGGCGCAAAAGAACUUGAGAAACACCCAGGGAGUGCUCAAGGACACCCAGAUCCAUUUGGAUGAUGCUCUCAGGACCCAGGAUGACCUGAAGGAGCAGGUGGCCAUGGUGGAGCGCAGAGCAAACCUGCUGCAGGCUGAAAUUGAGGAGCUACGGGCAGCCCUGGAGCAGACGGAGCGGUCGAGGAAAGUGGCUGAGCAGGAACUGAUGGAUGCAAGUGAGAGAGUUCAGCUCCUCCACACUCAGAACACCAGCUUGAUCAACACCAAGAAGAAGCUGGAGACGGACAUUUCUCAGAUUCAGAGCGAAAUGGAGGAUACCAUCCAGGAAGCCCGCAAUGCUGAAGAGAAGGCCAAGAAGGCCAUCACAGAUGUGAGUCGGGGCUCCUUUCAUUGUCGGGGUGAGCUGACGUGUGAGCAGUGGUGGGAGGGGGAUGGAGGUUUGUGCCUCCCCCAGGGAAGAGCUGCAGCCCCACAAGGCCGAGGUGCAGGAGGAGUGAAAUCCCUGCCCUGGGCUCCUCACCACCAACUCCUUCUCCCCACACAGGAGGAGCUCUCCAAUGUCAACCUCUCCAAGUUCCGCAAGAUCCAGCACGAGCUGGAGGAAGCCGAGGAACGGGCUGACAUUGCAGAGUCCCAGGUCAACAAGCUCCGAGCCAAGAGUCGAGAGUUUCAUGGGAAGAAAAUUGGAGAAGAAGAGUGAGGAUGCCAUGAAGAGGCAAAGUGAUCUGAGGGCUGCACAAAAUGUGAACCCUCUGUCACUUCCUUC